UUUUAUUAGUAUUCAUAAUGUCCUUUAAGCAUGAUGCUACUUCAAAGCUAAUUGAAUACUGGUUAGCGAGUCUGAAUGACAUGGCACCCAUCAACAUUUCAUUUCUAACUGAACCUGUAUCCAAGGCUGUUAGUAGCCGCGUACGCUCCUUGGAAGAUGUCUAUAGUUCAUUUGGAAUCUAUCGUUUUCUUAUUCGUAAAGGUGUAUAUCCCACAUUGUUAUUUACCAGUGCCAGUAGUGGUCUAGGCUAUGGCCUUGUACGUGCCUAUAACAAACAGACAAAACUUGCCUUGAAUUUACUAGGUGUCCUGUAUCCAACCUAUCAAUGUUGGAAACUUAUCAAAAGUAAUCGAAAAGAUCACAAUGACCAACUAGAAUCUUGGUUGACAUAUUGGCUCAUCUAUGGCUCGUUUCAAGUGCUGGAUCACUGGAUCGAAUCAGAUCUCUUCUUGUUCUCUAGGAAGAAAUACAACUUGUACAAACUAUUAAUAUUGUAUUGGGCUCAGAAUCCACAUUCACAAGGAUCUACUUUACUCUAUAGACAUGUUAUUCAAAAACCAUUGAAAGAACAGGCUGUCCAGUCACCAAAAGAAUCAAGCUAUCAAUAUCUUGAUGGAUUUCAACCUCCAAGCUUAUUACAGCAGCAACAUGUCAGUAAUAGUAGCAGUGAUGAUGAUUCUAUAGACUCAAAUCAUGCCAUGGUUCAUGUAUCUUCAAAUGAAAAAUCUUUUCCCCCUCUUUUAAUGAGCACAAGCACAGAAGCAGCUUGGUAGAAACAUACAUCUAUUUAAAUAUACUUUAUACAAUC